CAUGACGGUUGGGUUGGUGUCCGCCCACCGCGAUGCUGGUGUGGGUCGACCGUUCUAUACAUCUCGCCGUCGGUUCGUAUAUGGUCACCCGCACCGUGAAUCGGCGCGCAAUCACGCGACUUUCGAGGGCUGCGUCGAAUCCGCGAGAUGCGCGAUUCCAACUGAUACGGGGGUGUUUCUUUUCCUCACUUCUGCAAGAGAAACGCCACAGUUAUAUACGCACGCGGCGAGUAAUGAGGUUGCCGCGCUGGUGUUAGUGUCAGGAACAUGGCUAUAUUUAGCGUAUGACGGCUGGCAGUUUCGGAGCACUUCAGACCGACUUGAUAUAGCUCGUUCACGGCGUCGCCUGUUGUGUGUUUACUGCCUCUGUACAUGAUAACAGCGCGAAAAUGGAGGAUAUAUUUCAGUGGUGUCGCGAGGGCAACGCUAUGCAGGUUCGCGUCUGGCUGGACGACACCGAGCAUGACAUGAACCAGGGAGAUGAUCAUGGAUUCAGUCCACUUCAUUGGUGCUGUAAAGAAGGCCACUUAAAAUUGGCAGAGUUAUUGGUCAGCAGAGGAGCACGUAUUAAUGCCACCAACAGAGGAGAUGACACACCAUUGCACCUAGCCUCAGCGCAUGGACACAAAGACAUAGUGCAAUUGUUGCUUAGAAACCGUGCCGACGUGAACGUCACAAACGAACAUGGAAAUACUGCCUUACAUUAUGCUUGUUUCUGGGGGGACCAAGCGGUUGCGGAGGAAUUGGUUGCGGCUGGUGCUCUCGUGUCCAUUGCCAACAAGGACGGCGACACUCCUCUCGAUAAAGCCAGAGGUGUUGUGGCCAAGAGAUUGCACGAUUUAGCAGUGGAAUAUGGACAGGAUUUGAAGAAGAUACAAUUCAAAGAUCAAAGCUGGUUAGGAUUGAAGACCAGAAGCCGAGAUGCGACUCUUUCGAGGCACAAAGGGAUCAGUAUGGCUGAUCUGGCCCUUCAUAUGCAUCUCGCGAGCACACCGAGUGGGGAAACCUGGAGAGGCCGUUGGCAGAACAAUGAUAUCGUCGCCAAGAUACUGAAUAUCCGCGACUGCACCGCGCGUAUCUCCAGGGACUUCAACGAGGAGUUCCCGAAGCUGAGAAUCUUCUCGCACCCGAAUGUUCUGCCAGUCCUUGGCUGCGUGAAUCAACCCCCGCAGUUGGCAACCGUCUCCCAGUACAUGGCACGAGGUAGCUUGCAUCGACUUCUGCACGGCGGGACAGGUGUUGUUGUGGAUACGGCACGUGCUCUUCGACUAGCUCUUGAUGUCGCCAGAGCUAUGGCAUUCCUUCAUGGUUUAGAUCGACAGAAUAGAUGCAGAUUUCACCUCAACAGUAAGCAUAUAAUGAUCGACGAUGAUCUAACAGCUCGUGUGAAUAUGGCGGAUGCAAAGUUCUCCUUCCAAGAAGUUGGGCGAAUUUAUGAGCCGGCGUGGAUGUCGCCGGAAGCUUUGAGCAAGCGUCCGGCAGACAUCAAUCACGAAGCUAGCGACAUGUGGAGCUUUGCCGUUCUUCUGUGGGAAUUGGCGACCAGAGAAGUGCCAUUCGCGGAUCUGUCACCUAUGGAAUGUGGCAUGAAGAUCGCUCUGGAAGACUUACGUGUGAGCAUCCCACCGGGCAUUUCUCCACAUCUUGCAAAGCUUAUUCGAAUUUGUAUGAACGAAGAUCCGGGCAAGCGACCGUCCUUUGACAUGGUUGUGCCGAUCCUCGAUAAGAUGAAGCGCUGAGAUGCACACGAUGAAAAAGUAACGCAGUCAGAAGAAGCAAUGGAAUACAUCCAGAUUUAAUAGUGCCUAAAGAAUCUCUAUAUUUAUUAAACUGCCUGAAGAAUUGUUAUUAACAACUAUAGAAUAUUUUUGUAUCAUUGUAUGUUCCAGAAGACGAAUACUGCCUAAAUUAAACUUUAAAGGGACUAAUUUUUAACUAUUUAUAUUUAAUAUAAACUCAUAUAGAACGUACUGUAGAAGUGCAUGUUUAUAUUUAUAAUCUCUAAAACAAAUUUUUAAAUAGCAAACGUAGCUUGAAUUUUAUCUAUUUGGACGUGUCUGACGAAAUCGUUGGCACUUUUUAAAAUAGAAUAGUGUUAUUUACAUACAUUAGACAGCAUAUUUUUUUAUAAAAUGUUUGGUGACACAUUUACUGCUUGUAUAUCGCCAAAUAUGUAUAUUGUGAAUAUUAUAUAUAAAUUAAAAAAUCAAGAUAAUGAAACUAAAUAUAUAGAAUAUAAUAUCGAAUUCAUGUAGAUUUUGAAACGAAUAUAUAUCUUUAAUAAAUAUAUUUAAAUAAUAA